CCGCCUUCCCUCCCACUCAACUGGGCCGCGAGGAAGUCGCAAGAUGGCUGAUGUCGCUUGGAAGUAAUGUUCCCCUCUGCAACAUGAAGCCGUGAGUGUGGAAGAAAGCGAGGGAGGCACCAUCGGGCUUUUAUUUUUAUUUUAUUUUAGUUACUUUUCUUUUAUUUCGUCAAACAUCCAUCUCAUUCCGCGUCGUGUCCGCCCCGGACUUGUCUUCGGGAGUUGACGCGUCAAAUCACGCCGGGGACCCUGCCAGCAGCUAACAGCUAGCCACAUAGCUAGCAAACGUUAGUAACGUUACAGCUAGCCAGUCAGCCAGGCACAUAGCUUGUUAGUUUGUUCUAAUUAAUAUUCAGACACCUGCGAGCCAACAAGCUACCGAUACAAAUAUGCUAAGAUUUGCCUGAGGUAGUGCAGAAUAAAUGUCAAAUAUUUUCGUUGUCAGAUAAAAAAAAAGAAUAACCAUUUUGCAAGCUGCUCGGUUUAACAUCAUGUCCGCGAACUGGCCAUCUAGCCUGUGGUGUGCUAACUAAUGCGCAGUAUUGCAUCUGUUUCAUGUGCACAAACCAGCAGGAUCAUUAUUUUAUUGGCAUUUUUCAAUAAUAUCCACCACCUUGCUGCAUUUCCGUUAUUUGCUGCCAACUACAUUUUUGAAGCUGGUUAUGUUAAAGCCAAAUUAUGGGAGCAGGAAAUGUGUUGAACUUUUUCUGGUUGUAGGUAGCUACACUGGCCUUGCUGGCAUCUCACCAAAAAUCCACAGGGAUGGACACUAAACUGAGAACCCACGACCAAAACUGAGAAAUUGGCAUUUCGAUAUAUCGGAAUAAGUAACGACAAGUGACACGCGUGUACAGCGCUGUAUGGUGACUAAUUUCACUAGUCUGGGUGACAGAUAAGUUGUUUUGCAGGGUUAACUAAACUACAGUUAGUCACUACAUCGGAGACCAGUUAGCUUGCCUAAAGUGCAUAGCUAGCUACGGUCUCGCCCCACAUCACAUUUCAAACACGGCGUACAGAACGUAUUCAGAGCCUGCUCCCGGCCAGACACACCGGCUUAACAACACAGUCAUGGGAGUGCAGGGUUUUCAAGAGUAUUUAGAGAAGCGGUGUCCCGGGGCCGCAGUCCCGGUGGACCUCCUGAAGCUUGCCCGUACCGCGGCCCGCCAGCCCCCUCACCACCAUCACCCACACCACCACCCACAUCACCCAGGGCCCAUGCCUCCCCCGCCCCCGCCUGCCAGGAUCCUAAUCGACGCUGACUCCGGCCUGCAGCGCCUCUACGGCGGCUACCAGACGGACUGGGUGUGCGGGGGCGAGUGGAACGCCAUGCUGGGCUACCUGGCUGCCCUGUCGCAGGCCUGUCUGUACCAGGGUGGCCUGGAGCUCGUCGUGGUUUUCAAUGGCACAUUGGGGAAGGAGCGCUGGCCCGAGUGGGCGCGGCGAGCGCAGGGCCAGCGACAGACGGCGCAGCUGAUAGUCAACCACGUCGGCAGCAAGGCCACCCCGCCUCCCCGGGCAUGGUUCCUGCCCCCGGCCUGCCUCAGCCACUGCGUCCGCCUCGCCAUGUUCCGCUUCCGAGUGCGGGUUGUACAGACUUUGGAGGACCACCACCAGGAAGUGCUGUCUCUCUACAGGGACUUUGGAUUCGCUGGCCUCAUUGCUCAGGAUUCUGAGUUCGCCCUCUGCAACGUACCCGCCUACUUCUCGUCGCAUGCGCUCAAACUGAGCUGGAACGGCAAGAACCUGACCACGCAUCAGUACCUGCUGUCUGAGGCUGCCAGGCAGCUCGGGCUGAAGACACAGCACCUGCCCUGCUUUGCUGCUCUGCUGGGAAAUCAUAUUCUGCCUGAUGAGGACCUGGCUGCCUUCCACUGGAGUCUGCUGGGACCAGAACACCCACUAGCUUCUCUUAAGGUGCGAGCCCACCAGUUGGUGCUGCCGCCCUGCGAGGUGGUGAUCAAGGCCGUCUCGGAGUACGUGUCCUCCAUCAAAGACCUGGGGAACCUCGACGCCAUCGCCAGAGAUGUCUUCAAACAGUCACAGUCUCGUAUGGAGGACAAGGUGGAGCGAUUCAAGAAAGCUGUGGAGUACUUCUCCGCCGCCUCCAAACCUCGCUCGCCCAACAUGGGGCCCUCCUCUUUUAUCUUACCUGGGUUUGGAUUUGGGGGACCACCUGGUCACAUGGGACCUAUACAGCCUGGAAAGAAUCAGUUUCCUCCUCCCCAGGUUCCAGGGUUAAAGCCACCCUAUCAGAAUGCUCCAUACGGACCCGGCUCCAACCCUCUGUUCCCGAACGCGCCGCCACCGUCCCAAGACUGCAACGAUUCGCUGACGAGCAAGAUGGGCUUCUCCGAUUGGUCGGCUCCAUAUGAUUCCACUCAGGGGGGAAAUCGAUUACCCAAUCAUCACGCCGCCACUCAGUCUGUUCCCUCUCCAUCUCCUUCAUCGUCAUCAGACGGAGAUGAACCUAACGACAGCAACGCAAACCAUUUGACAGACAAGCCCUCUCGGUGGGAGGAUCCUGCUGGAAGGGGGGGCUCGGCCUCCGGAGAUGGUUCCCAAGGCAACGGGAGCGUGUCACACAUUCCGUCACUGCUGUCUAUGGCGACGCGGAGUCACAUGGACAUAACCACACCCCCUCUGCCUCAGGUCAGUGCUGAGGUUCUUCGUGUAGCCGAGCACAGACAUCGAAGAGGACUGAUGUACCCCCAGAUUUACCACAUAUUGACCAAGGGAGAGAUGAAGAUGCCAGUGUGUAUAGAGGAUGAGUGUAACUCUGAGCUGCCUCCUGCCUCUCUGCUGUUCCGCGCUGGCAGACAGUAUGCCUACGGCGUCCUCUUCAGUCUGGCUGAGACACACCGCCGCCUGGAGAGGCUCGCUCUCCGCAAGAGGGCUCCCCUGGAAGUUCCUCCAGUGAUCGUCAAAGAGUGGAGCAGCGGUAAAGCCAAGUCGGCCCUGACUCCGGAGCUGGUCCCGGCCCUGUGUUUCAGGGAGUGGACCUGCCCCAACCUGCGGCGGCUGUGGUUGGGACGUGCCAGCGAGGACCGCUCCAGGAGAACCAGGGCCUUCCUGGCCUGCCUACGCUCUGACUGCCCAGCCCUCCUCAACCCAGCACAGGUCCCUCAGCAUCUGCUGCUCAUGUGCUGUGUGCUCAGGUAUAUGAUGCAGUGGCCUGGAGGAAGGAUCCUCCAGAGACACGAGCUAGAUGCCUUUCUGGCUCAGGCCGUUUCCAGCCAACUCUACGAACCCGACCAGCUACAGGAGCUCAAGGUGGAGAAGGUGGAUGCCCGUGGCGUGCAGCUGGCUUCUCUCUUCAUGGCGGGUGUCGACACAGCGCUGUUCAUCAAUGAUGUGUGUGGCCAACCGUUGCCGUGGGAACACUGCUGCCCCUGGGGCUUCUUUGACGGCAAACUGUUUCAGAGCAAACUGGCCCGGGCUGCUCGCGACCGGGCCGCCCUGCUGGACAUGUGUGAAGGGCAGGAGGAGCUGGUGUCCAAGGUGGAGAAGAUGCGUCAAGCAAUCCUCGAGGGCAUCAACCUGUCCCGCCCUCCUCCCCCUCCCCCUCCUCUUCCACCUCCCGCCUUCCUCCCCCCAGCCAUGGUGCCCCCUUUCUACCCCAUGCCUCCCCUCUACCCACCCCGCCCCAUGGACAUGCCUCAUCAUCAUCAUCACCCGCAUCACCCGCAUCACCCUGCCCAGCACAGACCCAGAGCCUUCCCAGGACUUCAGUCCAUCCCCCCUCAGGGAGGGAAACUGGAGAUAGCUGGCAUGGUCGUUGGCCAGUGGGCUGGGAACAAACCAGUCCGUGGGAGAGGGGGGUUCAACAUGCAUGUGGUGUCCGUGGGAGCAGGCAGAGGGAGGGGUAAAGAGAUUCCAGCUAAAGUAAGGGCGGUGAAAAAGGCACCCACCAACAGAACACAGACUUCGCCGCCCCCCCCAUCCAGCAGUCCCCCAAAGCCCUCAGAGGAGGCGGCCUGCACGCCAGAGGUUGCGACUCAGCAGCUGAACGGUAGCUCAGCUGCCUCAGCCAUUGGCCAGCCCUUGGAGCUGGCCCCCCUGGCCCAGCCAAUCCCGUGUGCCUUAGCCAGCAGAGACAACCAAUCCGAGGGGGUGGAAGUGGAGGCCCCCUGUUGCCUUGACGACUGCCCGUCAGACGGAGCGCUACAGAAGGAGGAGUGAUGGCACCCUUCCCAGGGUGCACUGCUCUGAGAGGGUUCUCUGUGUUUGACUGCCUUUCCCUGUUUUUUGUAGCCCUGCCUGCUAGCUGUGCACAUUACCACCUGGAGCAGGAGGUCCUCCCUGCUGCUCCACGUGGUAGGCUAAAGCAGUUAGCUAGUUACUUCCUUUUUAGUUUUCUCAUGUGGUUUUACAUUGUUUUAUGAAGAGAGUUUUUCCUCCAUGAGUCUGUAAGCGCCCCACCCCUCAAAAAUCCCAAAUGCCUCCCUCCCGCACUCAAGAGUAUAAAAUAAGCUUGAAGCCCCACCCCUAUUACGACCCACCACCUAAACGAUAACUUAUUUUAAACUUUUAUUAUAUUAUUAUUAUUUUUUUUUUUGCAAUGGUCCCGUUGUUGGAAUCUCUGCACACAGCUGUUAAGCGCGUGGUUUCGGUGACCGAUUGGAUGUGGUUUUCCAUGGUUGCAUCAUCUAGGCCUGGUCGCCAUGGUCGGUAGUUGUGUGUUUGUUGCCAUAGCCGUCUCGUGUGAGGUUUUUGUCUUGCAUUAAUUCAGAGUUUGACUCUGGAUAUGUGAGUAAGAUUUUAACAAAGUGAUUUACCAUUCUUUUGUGCAGUGACCUCCCACCCCCACCCACCCCACCCACCCGACCCACCCGUAGUACUGCUAAAAACACAAUGUUGGUAUACUUACUAGCAACAUUGAUUGAUUGGUAAUUUAUCACAGGAGCACUUCUGCACCAUCAUGGUAUUAGCGUGCUAUCUUACUUUGACCCAUGUAGCAAAGCCUAGUGCUUAGCUGUGCUAAGAGACCCCAUGAUUUUAUGCACCUUAAGCCCUAAAGUAUGCAAGAUAUUACUCUGCUCCUCCAAAAAAAAGUGCAUUAUUAUAUUAUAUCCCCCCUCCCCCCUUACCCCUUUCUCCCAAAGCUUUGAUUGUAUUACCCUAACAAAAGCACUUCAUGUUGUACUUAAAUAUAAUGGAUUGGAGCGAGCCCCUAUACAGGUGAAUUGACAGUUUAAGAGGGGUGUCCCCUGCGCCUAAAUAAAUCAUGACAUGUAGAACUGCGUUUAAAGGUAGAGAUCUAUUUGAGAGACGUCAGAAUGUUAACAGAGUGGUUUCAGACAAAGAAGCACUUUGUUUUAAAAAAA